AAUAUGGGAGGUGCAGUCGCGACGAGUGAAUUACAGUAGUCGGCGAAAGAUUAUUUGAACACAAGCCAACAUAUCAUACUGUGUUUUUUCGGCUGGAUUAGAUUAGAAAGACUUUAAAUACACUCUCCUUUUGCUCCCUUUCGAAAAUCAUCCAUAACCGGCAACAGUUUUGCCCUCGGCAGAGCAAGUUGUGCGUCUAUUUUUGUCCCGUGCCCAGUUCGUAUGACGCUUUUAUUGCCACAAAGACUUGAAUAAUGUCAACAACAUCGCUGGAUAAAGAGCUACAGGAGCGUCUGAGAGAGGCCAGUGCCAUCGGAGACAUUGACGAAGUGAAGACUUUAGUGGACAGCGGAGUGAACGUCAACUCGCAGAAUGAGAUUAACGGAUGGACAUGUUUGCAUUGGGCCUGUAAAAGAAACCACAAACACAUAGUGGCCUAUCUUUUGAAUGCUGGAGCCGACAAAGACAUUCUAACUGCGAAAGAGGAGUUAGCUGUUCAACUUACAUCCAAGCCUGAAAUCAGAAAACUACUUGGAGUGGAAGAAGAGGACGUGCCUGAGGUUAAGGAGCCAGAGCUGCCGAUCAUUCCAAACUAUCUUUCCAACCCGCCCUUCCUGUACAGCAAGAUGGAAAAAGAUAAUCUUAGCAUAACACCGCAUGCGUCACAAAAUGGCACCAACAAUCACUCUGAGCCUCUGGUGUCUGAACCAGCUACUUUGUCCCCAACACAAGAGCAGCAACUUCCUCCUCAACAUCAACAGCCCAAGAGUCAUUACCCAGACACCCAGAGCCAGCAAGACUUGCCCUACAUCCCUGUUGUGGAGCAGAAUGGUGUGGUACCAAACCCGGUGGUCAACGGCACCCUGCCCAUGGAGUUCUCCACAGAGACUCAUCACACCAAUCACCACGAGUUUUCUCACCCUCAGACUAUAGCACAGAAUGGCCCGGUGUGCCCCACACUUCCUUCUCCCAAUGGGACCACCGGACAGCCGCAAGUUCCCAAUGCAACCGUCACCCGCCAGCAGUCAAUCUCCCAGCAGAUCAACUGCUCCCAGCUCGGUGGCUCUAUGCCUGCUUUCCAACCAUUCUUUUUCACCAGCACUUUUCCAGUUAAUGUACAAGAGCUAGUCUUGAAAGUGCGGAUCCAGAACACUAACGUGAGAGAGAACGACUUCAUCGAGGUGGAGUUGGACAGGCAGGAUCUGACGUAUCGCGCUCUCCUCCGCGUCUGCUGCCGCGAGCUAGACAUCAGCGCUGAACACGUGGAAAAGAUACGCAAGCUGCCCAACACCAUGCUCAGAAAGGAUAAAGAUGUGGCACGGCUUCAGGACUUUCAGGAGUUGGAGGUGGUGCUAGAGAAAACAGAAGGUUUGUCACUGUUCUCCGGGGGUCAGGGAGGACUAACCGAUCGGCCCUGCUACAACAUGAAGGCUUCUAGGCUCACCUACUAGCUUCACAUUAGUGCCAGCAUUGGGCAAACUUACUGGCUAUCUGGGACAGUCUGUUACUCAUGUUGGAUCCCAAACCUACAGUACCUAAUAGCAUAUUAGCCUUAUUCCUCCUCUUCUAGUUUACAUAUUCCCCUUACUCGUUAACAGCUCUUUAGUGCCUCCUCCAAUGUAACAAUAGACAUCUUGUUUUUCAGUCUUAUCAGACUUUGCCACGUUCAACUCUUGAGAGGAAGGGUUAUUUUCCAUUGUACACGAGAGAACCUCCUCCAUUCGCUUGAAUUUGAUUAUUUAAAUCCAUGCAGCUCAUGAUUGGACAUGGGGACAUUUUAAAAUCCACCAAUUUGCAUAGUAUCUUUCCAUAGCGCUUGUUCAAAUCUGUCUCACUGCCUUACCUUCAUGUCGGGUCACUGUGUGAGUGUAGGUGCGUUCGGUCACCUGAUUGGUUGAUCGUACACCAAGCCCAAAAUGCACAAUACUGUCUUAUUUUAAGAGAGUGAUUCAAAAUGCUAGCAAAGCAUGCAUACAAUCAUUUCAAUUUAUAAAACACUCUUCAACUUGUUUAGUGGGUUUCAUGCCAUGCCUAAUUGAGUUAUAUUUCUUAUAAAUGCAGGCAUGCUUCAAAAUGAAGACAUACUGUAUUUUGUUGCCAGACAACUAUCUGCGCACUUUAAAAAAAAUAUAUAUUAAUAAUUAUUUAACAAAUUUGAAUUUCAGUGCUGUAUUUCAAAAGCUGUUUUAUCAGUCAUUGUAAGCCAAAUAGUUAGUUCUAUAUACUAAAGCAUGGACUGUUGGGAAUAGACUGUAUGGUCUUGUAUGAAGGCAAAAUGCCCCUUGUUUCUAUUGAGCUAAAUACUGCAGGAAAAGAUGUUAUAUUCCCCAUAGGAGGUGUUUAAUUGGCGAUAUUUAACCACAAAGAGCUUCUAUUGAUUCUCAUAUUGACCUUCCUUGAGAAGGUUUGGUUGUUUGAAUUUAAUUUAAGAUGCUUAAUACUGAGAUUUGAAAAGCAGGAUCUGUAUUCAAGUUAUUGCAGUAAUAGUAGUGCCAUUUUACGAAAUGUAACAAAUGUGGAUCGCAGAUUGGAGAUGCAUAAACACUACGUGGUUGUAAAUUAGCAUUUUGGCUCAAUAGAGGUGUUGCUGUGAAAACAAUACUCUGAAGUCAUAAUUUCUAAAGAUUUGUCGACUAAGAAAUAGUUUUUAGUUUUGUCGGAUGGUCUAACCUGAGUACACCAUCAUUAAACCUUUGCUAACCAUGCUAUUAUUGUUCAAACAUAACAUUAACCUCUUGAAAAUACAUUGCUAAAUUAUUUACUAUUUUUAAAUGUGCAAUUUUUUAGUAUGAUAUAAUACUAGAAUUUAAGGAUUAAAAGAAGUAUUGUACACUUCAGCUGAAAUGAAACAAUCUCUUUUAUUAUUGUUUUUGUUUUGUUUUAAUUCUAAAAAGGUAAGAAAUGCACAGUGAAGGAAAAAUGAUUGGUUCUAGAAUUUCUUUUGGUUUUCUAAUUUAUAAUGUGGGUUUUUUGACUUUCGAAGGAGGCUGGUUUAAAGUGCUGGGGUUAGUUUACGAGUUAACAAAGCUUUUAUCCAUGUUUUAAUUAGUCAUGUCAUUGAGAUCAAAUUUGACUUAACCUAUGCAUUAAAAGAGUGAUAUUUGACAUGUCCCAUGUACUUUAAUACAGCAAUAGUCUUUGUUUAUCUGGUGUUUGCAAAAAAAUCAUGUAUUACUAUUUUGAUUAAACAUGGGAUAAUGUUCAGAGCUUUCUGAGUUCAACAGCAUAUGGAAAGACAUUGCUUGUGGGAAAACACAAAUUAAGUGCACCAUGCCAUUGCAAAACCUCACCAAUAGAGGACAGUCUUGGUUAGGGAUGAGACCACAGACAGCACUGAUGCUCUCUGUAUGAAUAAGGAAGUAUGUCCAUUACACUCAGUAGUCCUAUGCUGGAGCUUCUGCAGGGUCCAGACAGCUCUUCAGAGUAACUGACCCAGACUACGGUGCUGUAAAAAGUAUUUGCCCUCAUCCUGAUUUCUUCUGUUUUUGUGUAUUAUCACAUAGUAAAUUGUUUCAAAAAUUAAAACAAAAUCUAACAUAAAGUAAAGGCAAUCUGAAUAAACAAAAUACAGUUUUUAAAUGAUAAUGUUAUUUAUUGAAUCAAAAAUGUUUCCAAUACCAACUAUAUUAUAAUGGGGUUCAGCUUGAUUAGACACACACACAGGCCUGAUUACUGCAUCCCUGUUCAAUCAAAGCAGCACCUGAAUAGACCUUUUCCAGCAGCAUGAAGUUGGCUGAAAGGUCUCCACCAGUAGCACACUAUGGCGAGGUCGAAAGAAAUUCCAGAAAUGAUGAGGAAAAAGGUGAUUGAAAUACAUCAGUCUGGGAUGGGUUACAAGGCUUUCAAAGAACCACAGUGAGAGCCUUUAUCUCCAAAUGGAGAAAACUUGGCACAGUUGUGAACCAACCGGAAGUGGCCGACUUUCCAAAAUUCCUUCAAGAGCACAGCUAUGACUCAUCCAGGAAGUCACAAAAAGCAAAGGACAACAUCUAAGGAACUACUGGACUUUCUCGCAUCAAUAAAGAAAGGUUCAUGACUCCACUAUCAGAAAGACAUCCAUCGUCGGGGCGAAAACCACUGCUAACCCAGAAGAACAUUGAGACUUGACUAAAGUUUGCCAAAACACACCUUGAUUGUCCUCAAGUCUUUUGGGAGAAUGUUCUGUGAACUGAUGAGUCGAAAGUGGACCUGUAUGGAAGACAGUGAUCCCGUUACCUAUCAAACACAGAAUUCCACAAAAAGAACAUCAUACCUACGGUCAAGCACGGUUAGUGUGAUGCUGUCGGGAUGCUUUGCUGCUUCAGGGCCAGGGCGACUUGCAAUAAUUGAGGGAAACAUGAAAAUACUAACUGAAAAUCCUAAAGGAGCACGUCCGGUCUUCAGUCCGUGAGUUGAAGCUCAAGCGCAACUGGAUUAUGCAGCCAGACAAUUAUACAAAGCAUAGGAGUAAGUCCACCUCUGAAAGGCUCAAAAGAAGCUAAAUUAAAGUUUUGGAGUGGCCUAGUCAAAGUCCUGACUUGAACCCGAUUGAGAUGCUGUGGCAGGACCUUAAACCGGCAGUUCAUGCUCGUAUACCCUCCAAUGUGACUGAACUAAAGCAGUUCUGCAAAGAAGAGUGGGCCAAAACUCCACCACAGUGUUGUGAACGACUGAUCUCCAGUUAUCGGAAGCGUUUGGUUGCAGUUGUUGCUGCUAAAGGUGGCACAACCAGCUAUUAAGUUUAAAGGGGCAGUUAGUUAUUCACAUGGGUGAUAUAGGUGUUUGAUACCUUAAUUAUUAAACAUGUGUAUAUAUUUGAAAACUGUACUUUGUGAUUGCUCAGGUUGCCUUUAUUUUUAGUAAUAUCUCGUUUGAAGAUCUAAAACAAUUUAGUAUGAAAAAUACACAAAAACAGAAGAAAUCAGGAAAAUUAUUUUGAACCUGAUUUGAAACCAAAUAAUUUUUCACAUCACAAUAGCAUUUCAAAAACAUGUUUUAAACAUCUCUUUUAUAGAAGAAUGACUUAAUAUCCAUUUACAUGUUUUUAGAACAUUCUUUAAGUUAUUCAUAAAGAAUCUUAUUUCACAGCCAUUGAGACCAGUAUAGAGGGGAACGCUGAUCCGAGAUCAGCUUCUGUGGUCUUGCUCAAAAAGUGAGGACAUAUGUUAGGGAACAGGAGGAAUAAAUAAUAUGAUCUGUCGGCAUAGAUGCACCUCUUUGUUUUAUUAAAAUAAAUGAAACAAUGUAAGGUGGAUUCCGUCAAUGAAAGUUUAAUCUUGCAGUUGUCACGUUGGCCAGUUUUACAUUUUCCAAUAAUAAUUCUGACAUAAAUUUCAAAUAUAAAAUUUUAAUUGAGCAAACUAUAUUUUAUGUAUACAAACAUUCACUGUCACAAACACUAGGUUAAGAUUUCAUGUAGUCUUAAGUGAGUGUUGGCCUUCUUUAAAGAAAUGUUCUGGGUUCAAUACAAGUAAAGCUGAAUCAAUGACAUUUGUGGCAUAAUGUUGAUUACCACAAAAUAGCAUUCCAACUUGUCACUCGUUUAUUUAAAAAAAAAAGAAGAAGCAAAAAUCGCAGUUUUAUUUAGGCACUUACAAUGGAAGUGAAUGGGGCCAGUCCAUAAAUGCUCAAAUACACACUGUUUCAAAAGUAUAGCCACAAUCUGAGCUCAGUCGACAACAUUUGUGGCAUAAUGUUGAUUACCACAAAAAAAUUAUUUUGAUUCGUCUCUACUUUUCUUAAAAAAAAAAAGCAAAAAUCAAGGUUACUAUGAGGCACUUGCAAGUGAAGUGAAUGGGGCCAAUUUUGGAUGGUUUAAAGGCAGAAAGGGGUAGUGGGCUAAAGCACAUAACUGUUAAUCAGAAGGCUGCUGGUUCGAACCCCACAGCCACCACCAUUGUGUCCUUGAGCAAGGCACUUAAAUCCAGGUUGCUCUGGGGGGAUUGUCCCUGUAAUAAGUGCACUGCAAGUCGCUUUGGAUAAAAAGCAUAAAUAUAAAGCUUACUAUUUUACAAAAGCACUUAAAUCAAUUCUUGUGGAUUAUUUAAGCUGUAAAGUUCAUAGUUUUUUACUUGUUCAAUCAUCAUGGCAACAAAGUUGUAAAAUUGGUUAUAACUUUAAACCAGAAAAGGUUAGUGAGUGAUUUUACAUCACAAGACAAUUUAUGUCAUAUUGUUUAUGUCUUGUGGCUAACAGUGAGUAUUUUAAAAUCUACGGAUUGGCCCCAUUCACUUUCAUUAUAAGUACGUCAUUGUAACCGAGAUAUUUUAAAUGUAUUUUUUCCAUAAGGCAAGACUAAAUACAUUUUUGUGGUAAUCAACAUUAUGCCACAAAUGCUGUUGAUUGAGCUGUACUUGUAUUGAACCCGGAAUAUUCCUUUAACACGUAUAUUGUUUCUGUCAUGUGUCUA